AUCUAUAAUCAAAGGUUGGUUUAUGGUUUACGUGAGAAAAUGAGAUUUAUUGUUAUGGGACAUUAAAAUAGUGCUACCAAAAUCCAUGUUAAAUGGUACCUCAAUAAGUUAAUAGCUUUGGGAAUAAUAUUAAUUGGUGUGCUUCCAUUAGCCUAUAGGUUACUAAACUACAUGACAGUAGUGUACAUUAGCAAAGUUAUAUAGGAAGUUAGGCAACAGUAAUACUACUUAAGCUUUAUAUAUAUUAACUUGUGAUUAGGAAAUCAUGACAUAUUUUGCUUGUUGUUGAAGGUUAGCUAGGUUAUUAAUCAUUAAAAUUGAACUUAGUGUUACAAAAUUGUUAUUUCUACUAAGAGACACACUAUUGUAAGAAAUACUAAGAGACACACUAUCUUUGGCAUUUCAAGUCCUUGAUAGUUGAUACCGAGGGAGAUAGCUAUUUGACACACUAUCAUACUAUCACUGCCAACUAUAUUCCUAUAACAUCCACAAUAAUAUACAUCAUGCACGAAGACUGCUUGCACGCAUCAAGCAUCUCUUGUACAAGGUUUGUAUACAUUUGUACAAAGAGAUACUCCUAAUUAGCGGAUUACCCUAAACUCUAGACUUCUAAUUUCUAUCUCUAAACCUCAAAUUGUAAACUCUAACCCUAAAUGUCUAAACUCUAAAUUCUUCAAAUUAAAGUAAAUCUUGAAUGGUUUUUGUGCGAAUUUAUGUGCUUUAUUGUUCAUCACAUCAUAAAUGAUGAUUGACAUCAUUUUGAUAUGAAUUGCAUGUUUAAAAUGGUGAUUAUGAGAUGAGUGCACUAAAUGCAUCAAAAAUACAUGGUACAAAUCUCCAACACUUGUGUUGUGUGUCCCUUUCUAACUUGCUCUGUUUUAUGCUUCCUUUCCUGUAAAAAAUGGACAGCCACAAGACACUUACUGACCCACCAAAUAAAAAGGAGCAUCCACUCCUCUUCCUUUCCUAUUUGGUUUGAGAAAAUAUCACACAAUAUAUGCUUACCACUUAAUCUUUCACCUAACCCAUGGAGUAGCAUUGGCCAUGCCAAUGCUACAACUCUUCUUUCUACUACAUCUUUCUUCCUGCAUCUGUUGAAUUGGGUUGAACUUUUUUCGUUGACGAAAUAUAAACAAGAAAGGUUUAGUGCUUUGUGCAUAAGAUUAGUUGUAACUCGUCUUGUCCUUGUUGGAUCACAAUUUCAAACUUCGAGUAAGAAUUGUUAUAAUUAACACCAAUCUUACUUACCAUUAAAAUGAAUAAAAAUUCAAAAAAAAAAAAAACUAACAAUAAAAUAACGAACUUGAGAUAAUCGAUUCGGAUCAACUUGAACAUUUUCUUUUGUUCUUUCUUCGCACUUCUCCUUUGAAGUUUUGUCUUAUUCAGCAAAAUCUUUAUACAUGUAAUUGUCAUGGCCAUGGUAAUGUGAUGGAAUGCACUAGAUGAAAAGAAAAAAAAACAGAGAAUCCCACUCAACUCACCAGUCCUUUUCUCUCUAAACAACUACAUGAUUGAAGGGAAUUUUUUGGGCAUUUUAAAUAUAAUAGAUAGUAGUAUCUACAAUUCUUCUUCAUACUUAAGAUAUCAUCUCUAGAUUUGGGUUAGUGUGGCUUAUAGCUUUCUUUAUCCAUAUUCUUUUCUUUUUCAUUUCAGCCCUGUUGAAGUACCAUUGGGCAUUGGCAGCCCCAUGUUACCCACUCCACUCCUCUCUUCUUUUACUACUUUGCCAAAGACCACUGCUUUUCCAAGAAUUUCUUCCUCCCCACCUUUUCCCAUUAAUUUUUUACUUUUGAUAAUUUCGUCAUGUUUUGUCCAGUUCUUGUUUUUCUGACAUCACUUCUGAACUGAAAGUGAGUGCAAUUAUAGUAGAAGAGGUGGGUUUGCUGCCCUGCUGCCUGGUUCUUUCAGGUUCCCUCACUUAAUGUGAUAAAAAAACAAACAGAAUCCAAGUUCACAGAAGAGUGAGAGAGAGACAGAAGAGGGAAGAAGACAUUCCUGUUUUGAAAUGGAAGCAAGAAGAAAGAGCAAUGGAGGUUUCUGCAACUUUGGUUUGUUCUCUUUGUUGUUGUUCUGCUGGUGGAGUUGUUCUGCAUAUGGAAUGUUGUCUCCCAAAGGUGUCAACUUUGAAGUAGUGGCUUUGAUGGAUAUAAGGAAUGCAUUAAAAGAUCCCCACAAUGUUCUCAACUGGGAUGCAACUGCUGUUGAUCCAUGCAGCUGGACGAUGGUCACUUGUUCUGCUGAUGGUCUGGUCACUGGCCUAGGAGCUCCAAGCCAAAGCUUGUCUGGAAGUCUAUCACCAAGCAUAGGCAACUUGACAAAUCUCCAGCUUGUGCUUCUGCAGAAUAACAACAUUUCAGGACAUAUUCCAGCAGAGCUAGGGAGGCUCACAAGGCUGAAAACUCUUGACCUUUCGAACAAUUUCUUCAAUGGUGGAGUUCCAAGUAGCUUAUCCAGUCUCAAGAGCCUCCAGUACUUGAGGCUGAACAACAACAGUCUGACUGAAGCAAUUCCUCCUCCUUUGGCUAACAUGACACAGCUUACUUUCCUGGACUUGUCUUACAAUAAUUUGAGUGCUCCAAUACCCACUUUCCAUACAAAAACAUUCAACGUAGUGGGAAACCCUCUGAUAUGUGGAGCUGAGCAGGAUUGCUUUGGAACAAUACCAACUCCACAGUCACUCUUCCUCAAUAGCUCCCAAACCUCCCAGCCCUCUGGAGCUCAAAAGGGACACAAGAUCGCCUUAGCACUUGGCUCAACCCUCGGCUGCAUGUUCCUGCUGGCUUCAGCCUUUGGUUUCUUACUUUGGCUGAGGCAAAGACACAACCAACAGAUCUUCUUCGAUGUCAAUGAGCGACACGAGGAGCUCAACUUCGGAAACCUCAAGAGAUUUCCUUUCAAAGAGCUUCAGGUAGCUACAAACAACUUCAGCAGCAAGUACCUCAUAGGGAAAGGUGGGUUUGGCAACGUAUACAAAGGUUACCUCUCGGACGGGACACUUGUAGCUGUGAAGAGGCUCAAAGAUGGGAAUGCGAGUGGUGGAGAGAUUCCGUUCCAGACUGAAGUAGAGAUGAUAAGCUUGGCAGUCCACCGGAAUCUCCUUCGCCUGUACGGUUUAUGCAUGACUAAUAGUGAAAGGCUGCUGGUGUAUCCAUACAUGUCUAAUGGCAGUGUCGCAACAAGACUAAAGGCCAAACCCGCACUGGACUGGGGCACAAGGAAGAGAAUAGCGAUAGGUGCUGCCAGAGGUUUGCUGUACUUGCAUGAGCAAUGUGACCCCAAAAUCAUCCACAGAGAUGUGAAGGCUGCAAACAUAUUGCUCGAUGAUUACUGUGAAGCCGUGGUUGGAGAUUUCGGGCUGGCUAAGCUUUUGGAUCACCAAGACUCGCACGUAACCACAGCUGUGAGAGGCACUGUGGGCCACAUUGCUCCCGAGUAUCUCUCCACAGGUCAAUCCUCUGAGAAAACAGAUGUCUUCGGUUUUGGUAUCCUUCUGCUCGAGUUGAUCUCCGGGUUAAGAGCUCUCGAAUUCGGUAAAUCUUCAAACCAGAAAGGAGCCAUGCUGGAUUGGGUAAAGAAGAUUCAUCAUGAGAAGAAGCUCGAGCUGAUAGUUGACAAGGAUCUGAAGACCAACUAUGACAGGAUCGAGCUUGAAGAAAUGGUUCAAGUUGCCUUGUUGUGCACGCAAUACCUACCGAGUCACAGACCGAAGAUGUCCGAAGUGGUCCGGAUGUUGGAAGGAGAUGGACUUGCAGAGAAAUGGGAAGCUUCUCAGAGAGCGGAAGCAACUAGAUCGAGAGGCAACAACGAUUUCUCAUCUUCAGAGCGAUAUUCUGAUCUCACUGAUGACUCUUCCCUGCUUGUCCAGGCAAUGGAGCUCUCUGGCCCCAGAUGACAAGAAUGUUCGAAGAUUAGCCCGACAUAUAAUUCAUGUACAGGAUUUGGAUUCAAAAGAAAACCACAUAUAGAUUGUGAGUGUUUGACAGCGUCCAUUCCAUUUCAAGUUGAGUGCUUAGUUAUUAUCUGGGAGAGUUCUAUUGCAAGUCCUGUAAUGAAUUCCUCCUCUUUUUGUUCUCAAAUGCAUGAUUUUCCUGCUACUGAAAGCGUAUGGGAACAAGCUUUGAGUCACCAACACCACUUUGGUACAUGAAGCUUUUAAGCAAUGAAGAGUUAUUGUAACA